AUGACGAUUCGAUCCUUCCUAUUAUGCGCUUCUUUGGCGACCUUGUGGACUUGGGCCGAUGCCUUUGCCACAACCAACACAUUGGCGACCAGUUCUUGCACUCGUUUGUGGUCUAGCAGCAGCAGCAGCGAAUCCGACAAUACGCAACAAGAGCAACAACAAUCCGUGACGAUUGAAAGCGUCAUUCAAGAUAAUUAUCCCGAAUUCUAUUCUCUCUUGUCCAAGAACGAGAAUGUCUUUACCCAACUCCAAGACGCCUAUGAUGAUUCUUCCGGUUACACCAUUUUCGCUCCCAAUUCGGCCGCAUUUGCCGCUUUGGAGGACAAGAAGCGACAACAGCUAGAUGAUCCCCGCAAUUUGGAAACGGCUCAAAAAAUGGGACUCUAUCACAUUGUCGCCGAAGAAGCCCUCAGCAUGACGCAACUCAAUCGCGAAGAUUGGACCGUCCCCAAGACACCCGAAGGAUUGCCGGCACUCAAAUACGGGGCACUCGUCACGUUGGGAGGAGAAGUUCCCAUUGGACGAUUCAAAACCAAAGAUGGCAAUAAUUUUUGGGGCAAUCUACUGGGUGGUGGUGGUAGUAGUAGCAGUGAGCAGAGUGCCGAUUCCAAGGAUGGACCGUCCACGGAAAUUAUUGUGGGACCAGAAGCCAAGAUAUUGCGUUCCUUGAAAUUGGGAAACGCUAUUAUUCAUGAAGUGGACUCGCUAGUGUCUCCCGUGAUCUUGUGGAGGUAUUGUGAUCAAUUGAGAAUUCCGGGAUUCUAG